AUGAGCUUAUACUAUCUCGAUAUUCUUCAAGGAACCGUCCGAAGUUGCAACGCGGACGGCAGCGACGAGCGUGUCAUCGUCGAUAAUAUCAAGACUCUGCCCGACGGAAUUCAGGUCGACGACCGCCCCGGACAAGGCUGGAUCUACUGGACCAACAUGGGCACCUCGCCUGAUACCCCCGAUGGCUCCCUUUCCCGCUGCCGUCUGGACGGCUCUCAGCAUGAAUACAUCGUGCAGCCCGGCGCGACCAUCACGCCAAAACAAAUGCAAUUGGACGUCGACUUUGGAUUCCUUUACUGGUGCGACAGAGAGGGAAAGGCAAUAUUCCGGGCGAAGCUAGACGGAAGCGAUCAGACACGUCUCUAUCAAGCUACGGUGUCAACGGAGCCCGAGAGCUGCGCCUGGUGUGUUGGAGUAGCAAUUGACAAAGCCAACAACUACAUCUACUGGACGCAGAAGGGGCCUUCUAAAGGAGGACUCGGCCGCAUCUUUAGGGCGCCACUCGACCGUGCAGCGCAAAGUCAAGAUUCCCUGCAAGCCCAAGUGGUUUUCGAACAUCUCCCAGAGCCGAUCGAUCUUGAGAUUGACGAGGACGGAAAGCACCUAUACUGGACGGAUCGCGGCGAUGUUCCUUUUGGGAACACACUCAACCGUUGGUCUAUUCAAGCGCAGGCGACGACAACGGCCCUGGCAGGUCAAGCUAUCAUUGCAACCAAGCUACACGAAGGUAUUGGCCUCGCUCUGGAUCAGAAGUCUAAGCAUGUGUAUGUUUCCGAUCUUCUGGGCGGCUUAUACCGCUAUGACUGGGAUGGUGGCAACAAGAAGGUCAUCUUCCAAGAUGCAGGUAACCUUACUGGUAUUGCUUUUGUAGAGCCUGGAGCGUAG